AUUUAUUGGAUGGAGAUAUUAUGAUCGAGGAUUAUUUAGAUCCUUGGGAUCGUCAUGGACCAAUUGUGGAUAUGAAACUGAAGCGUUGGCCGGCUGGUAGAGUGCCUUAUAAGCUCAAUGAAACAGCAUACAAUUUGUACGACAAAUAUACUAUCCUCGAAGGUUUGAAGGAAAUUGAAAAGUAUACUUGCAUCAAAUUCGUUCCAAGAACGAAUGAAAGGGAUUACAUUUUUGUUACACCACUCGGAGGGUGUUGGUCCUACAUAGGCCACAAAGGCAUGGAACAGACAUUAUCUCUGGUGGUUCCCAAUUGCAUCAACAAGGGGACUGUCAUACAUGAAUUCAUGCAUGCUCUAGGUUUCUGGCACGAGCAUUCGCGCUCAGAUAGAGAUGACUACAUUGAAAUUCUUUGGAAUAACCUCAGUGAAGAAAAGCAAGUGAAUUUUGCCAAACGUAUUCCAGAUUCCUGGAGUUUCAUCGAUUUUGCAUACGACUAUCAAUCCGUUAUGCAUUAUAAUGCCUAUACCUUUUCCAAAGCACCAAAACUGCCUACUAUGAAGCCAAAAAGUACAAGUGUCAGACUCAAGGACCUCGGUCGCGCGAAAACUGUUGGAACUCUUACUGAUUCGGACAAGAAAAAAAUAAACAAAUUCUACGAAUGUAACAAAGAAUGAAAAAUUGGUGUAGCAUAGAUUAAUUAUGGGAGUAAAUAUCAAAGACUGUGAAAACAUUGUAAGAGAUAACGAAUUACAUCAAAGUAUCGAUGUAAACAUUUGCUGUAAAAAAUAGACUGUAGAUAAAAAAUAUUUGAGUCUUUGUCGCAAUCUUUCAAGUUUUGAAA